ACAACCCAAGUAAAUACAGAAAUGCAGUUUUUAAAUGAUAAUUUCAUUUAUCAAUGGAAAAAAAAACUAUCCUGAAAACUUCAGCUAGCUCUAUGUGAAAAAGUAAGAUUUCACUCACCCCUAAAUGGGGACAGUCUUAGUAUAGUAAGCCAUAUUAUUUGUCUAAAAAAUAUCAUAAAAAAAUCUUCUACACAAGUUUUGAAUAAGUUUUGUAAGAAUUCCAUCUACUUUCAUACAAAAUCCACCAUUUCCAGAGGUUCAAAAAAUAAUCGGAGAGUUGACUAACAAGCAGUUUCAUGGCCAGGUGAGGCCUGUUUCCUUGGUAUUUAAUGACAAAUGAAGCAGAUGUAAUAAGUUGAUUCAAAGCCUUGAAUAUGUAUUUUAUAACAUUUCAGGGUUAGAUGUCAGUGCAAAUGAGUAAGACCAUUACACUCAAAACCACCAACAUUGCCCAAUCAAAAAACUGGUUCAUUCUUAAGAAGAAGAAAUUCACAACAAAAGCCCUGAAAAACCACAGAAGAGUGCAUGAAUUAUUUCCAUGCAUAAGAAAAACUUCACAAUAUCAGACCAAGUCAAGAAUACUCUUGAGGAGGUAGCCAUACUAUUGUAUGCUAUCAUCAUGUGUUCAUGAAUGGAAAUACAGAGAACUUUAAAAAAAGGCACAAACCAGUGGUUACACUCACAUCAUCUGUCAAACAUGGCAGUGGCACUGUUAUUGAUAAUAUGGCAGAAAGUGUGAAUGAGAGAUCCUUCAAAAUGCUGCAAAACUGACUGGAGAUCAGUUGUACUGUAGCUUUUAAGUCCUCAGUGUCAAGGUCAGUCCCCUGAUCUCAAGCCAUUACAGCGUGCGUUUCAUCUAUUAAAUACAAAGCUGAAGGCAGAGAGAGACUCAAGCAGUAAUAAAGGAGGGAAAUGAGUUUAGGAAUUACGUAUAAAUAAAUUACAUAAUAGUAUUUCCUAACCUUGCUGCAGCUAUGCUUCAAAACUGGUCUUUACAAACCAAUUGAUGCUGGUUAUGUCUAUGUUUUCUACACAGUGAAUUGUGUUUUGACGUGACAUCUUCAUAUUGGCACUGUGAACAUUUCCAGUAAUAGUGGUAUAGUCGUAACCAUAGCGUCCCAAGCUGUUAGCUGUGUUCAACUGCCAAGAAUCAUGUGGCUCCACUAAUUAGGGGUCACGUGAUCUGUUUAAUUUGGUAAGUUUUAGUGAUUAUUGGAAUUGUAAAAUUAUUAUCACGACUCAGUUUAUCCACAGAAAAAUAAAAACAAACUAGCUUUGUGAUCAUAAAGCAGAUUUAACAAUCUGUAUAAAUCACCAGAGGGGCUUUCAGACCAGCCAAGUGCAUGCACUGUGCUAUUAUACCGGGAGAGAAGGGACAAAGCAGGCUAUCAUUUAUAAAUAGAAAGAUUCGGCACACGCAAUGUCACGCUGGAGGAAAAUGGGUCUGUUGAAUUUGUGUUGAGUAAGCAGUGACUGGAGUUUUUUUUUUAUUAGGAGGAAAUAGAGCGUUUAAUUUCAUGCUAAUUCUCAGCAUUACAGCCAAAUGUGAUUUAAAAACUCCCUCUGCACUAAGUGCCAGAACUUUCAUGUCUGCGUGCAUGUGUAUAUGUGUGUGAGUAAGCACAACAGAACAGGUAGCCAGAGCCCCAAGUCCUCGUCUAAACCCUGCCCCUUCCUUCCUCUGUCAGCUGAUGCGCUACGAGCUGCUCUCUCUCCUCCCUCCUUCAUCUUUCUUGUCUCAUUCUGUCUUUAUCGCUGACCAAAUAUCGUACUCUCUUUUCCUCAGCCUGCCCCUGUUUAUCCAUCUCUCUACCCUCACUUUUUCUAUUGCUCUCCCGCUCCCUGUUUUUGUAUUCUUCUUUCCUGCUGUGUCUCAUCCCAGGCUGUAAUAAUAUCAGACUGACUAGUGGAGUGCUGUUGUCCGAGCGACUGGCAGAGGGAGCAGUACAGGAGUUUUAUUUAGCCCUGCUGCACUCUUUGUGGACCAGGAUUCUGAGGAAUUAUCCCUCCGUUCCACCAUCCUCACCCCCUUUACCUACUACUCCUCAUCCUCUUCCUGUCUCUCAUUUUAAGGGGUGUCCAUUUGAAGGCUCUGAUAUGUUUAGCAUUCACCAUGAACCCUACAGUCAAGAUCCACCUUCAGAAUGGGACCCACUUUAACACCUACAUGUACCAGGAGUUUGCCACCCUCACAAAGGAGCUGAACAUAUGCCGCGAGCAGCUGCUGGAGAAAGAGGAGGAAAUAUCUGAGCUGAAAGCAGAAAGGAACAACACCAGGCUGCUGUUGGAGCACCUGGAGUGUCUGGUGUCUCGUCACGAACGUAGUCUGAGAAUGACAGUGGUAAAAAGACAGGCACCCCCACCAUCUGGAGUCUCCAGCGAGGUGGAGGUCCUCAAAGCUCUGAAGUCGCUCUUUGAACACCACAAGGCUCUGGAUGAAAAGGUGCGAGAGAGGCUUCGGGUGGCUCUGGAGAGGGUUGCCACCCUGGAGGGGCAGCUAGCAACUACCACGCAAGAGUUGAACAUGGUGAGACAGAGGAAGGAUGGUGACUCAGUGGAGCGAACAGAUGGAUCCAAACCUACAUGGAAGAGACUUCCCAAUGGCUCUAUAGAUGCCCACGAUGACGGCAGCAGGGCAUCUGAGCUUCAGGAGCUGCUGGAUCGGACCAAUAAAGAGCUGGCUCAAAGCCGCGAGCACUGUGCCACUCUUAACCACCGCGUCACUGAGCUCGAGGCAGAGCUUGCGAAUGCACGCAGAGAACUGAGCCGCAGCGAGGAGCUGUCAAUCAAACAACAGAGGGAACAGAGAGAGAGAGAAGAUAUGGAGGAGAGGAUAACGACAUUGGAGAAACGCUAUCUGGCUGCUCAGCGAGAGACGACACACAUCCACGACCUCAACGACAAGUUGGAAAACGAACUAGCCACCAAGGACUCCCUGCACCGACAGAGUGAGGAGAAGGUGCGCCAGCUGCAGGAGAUGCUGGAGAUGGCAGAGCAGAGGCUGGCUCAGACCAUGAGGAAGGCUGAGACACUGCCAGAGGUAGAGGCUGAACUGGCACAGAGAGUGGCAGCGCUCUCCAAGGCCGAGGAACGCCAUGGCAACGUGGAGGAGCGGCUCAGACAGCUGGAGUCACAACUGGAGGAGAAGAACCAGGAGCUAGGAAGGGCUCGUCAGAGGGAGAAAAUGAACGAGGAGCACAACAAGCGUUUAUCUGACACUGUGGAUCGUCUGCUCACCGAGUCCAAUGAAAGGCUGCAGCUACAUUUGAAAGAACGCAUGGCUGCCCUGGAGGACAAGAACGCUCUCAUUCAGGACCUCGAGAACUGCCAGAAACAACUUGAAGAAUUUCACCACACCAGGGAACGUCUGAUUGGAGAGAUUGACAAGCUAAGAAAUGAGAUUGACCAUUUGAAACGCCGCAGUGGGGCUUUUGGAGAUGGAACUCACCCUCGAUCUCACUUGGGUAGCUCCAGCGAUCUUCGCUUCUCCGUGGUUGAGGGCCAGGAUGGCCACUACAGCACAACUGUGAUCAGGCGGGCACAAAAGGGCAGACUUUCAGCGCUGCGAGACGACCCAAACAAGGUGUGUGCGGUGUUUGAACAGGACUACCCAUCUCUGCGUGGGAGCGUCAGCCACCUCCUUGGCAGCGACAUUGAAGCAGAGUCAGACCUGGAUGAUGAUGUUAGCUCAGCCCUGCUUUCCCCCAGCGGUCAAUCAGAUGCUCAGACUCUGGCCCUCAUGCUGCAGGAGCAGCUUGAUGCUAUCAAUGAAGAGAUAAGGAUGAUUCAGGUAGAGAGGGAGUCUGCAGACCUGCGCUCCGACGAGAUUGAGUCUCGCGUGAACAGCGGCAGCAUGGACGGACUCAAUGUGACGCUACGACCACGGGCCCUGCCCACUUCCGCCACUGCUCAGUCGCUGGCAUCAUCCUCCUCCCCACCCACCAGCGGCCACUCUACACCCAAACAUCACGGGCGCAAUACCAGCCACCAUCUAGGCAUAAUGACUCUGCCAAGCGACUUGAGAAAACACAGAAGGAAAGUAGCAUCCCCAGUGGAAGUGGACAAAGCAACUAUCAAGUGUGAGACAUCACCUCCUUCUUCCCCCCGCAGUUUACGGCUGGAAACCAAUUUUGCCCAGUUCACUGGCAGUUUGGAGGAUGGACGAGGCAAACAGAAGAAAGGAAUCAAAUCAUCCAUUGGGCGAUUGUUUGGAAAAAAAGAGAAGGGACGAAUGGACCAAACUGUUAGCAGGGAAGGACAGCCUCUACCAGCUUUAUCAGACUUUGAGAUGGGGAUCGGUGACACUAUGACUCUGGGAAAACUGGGCACGCAGGCUGAGAGGGACCGAAGACUGAAGAAAAAGCAUGAACUUCUGGAAGAUGCAAGAAAAAAAGGCCUGCCAUUUGCUCAGUGGGAUGGGCCUACUGUUGUCUCAUGGCUAGAGCUGUGGGUGGGUAUGCCAGCCUGGUAUGUGGCAGCUUGUCGUGCCAACGUGAAGAGCGGAGCCAUCAUGUCAGCUCUGUCAGACACAGAGAUCCAGCGGGAGAUUGGCAUCAGCAACCCUCUGCACCGGCUCAAACUCCGCUUGGCCAUCCAGGAGAUGGUCUCUCUCACCAGCCCCUCUGCGCCGCUCACUUCCAGAACGUCCUCCGGAAAUGUGUGGGUGACUCAUGAAGAGAUGGAGAACCUGGCUUCCUCCACUAAAGCGGAGAAUGAGGAAGGCAGCUGGGCACAGACUUUGGCAUAUGGAGACAUGAAUCAUGAGUGGAUAGGAAAUGAAUGGCUGCCCAGCCUUGGUCUGCCUCAGUACCGCUCCUACUUCAUGGAGUGUCUGGUGGACGCAAGAAUGCUGGACCAUCUGACCAAGAAGGACCUAAGGAGCCACCUCAAAAUGGUGGACAGCUUCCACAGGGCUAGUCUGCAGUAUGGGAUUAUGUGCUUGAAAAGACUCAAUUAUGACAGGAAAGACCUAGAGCGGCGAAGAGAGGAUAGCCAACAUGACAUGAAAGAUGUUUUGGUGUGGACCAAUGAGCAGGUGAUCCACUGGGUCCAGUCCAUUGGUCUAAGGGAGUAUAGCGGCAACUUGCUGGAGAGUGGCGUUCAUGGAGCGCUCGUCGCUCUGGAUGAAACUUUCGACUACAGCAGCCUAGCACUCAUCCUGCAGAUUCCUAUGCAGAACACACAGGCGCGACAGGUUCUGGAGAGGGAAUUCAACAACCUGUUAGCUUUAGGGACUGACCGCAGACUCGAGGAGAGUGGAGAUGACAAGUCCUUUCGACGCUCUCCAUCAUGGCGCAAGAGGUUUCGGGCACGUGAAGGAGGGACUGGGCUGGGGAUGAUGGCAGGCUCCAUGGAAACGCUGCCAGCUGGCUUCCGCAUGCCGUCCAUGUCCAUGCCACCUUCUAUGAAUUUGGCAUCCAAGAAACAGCUUCAACCUGAAGCUCCUCCCCCAGCAACCCCGAGACUUGAUCCCUCGGCUGUGCGGACCUAUUCAUGUUAACUACUCUCUACUUACUAACAGGAGCGUUAAUGCUGACAGUGCAUUCUCAUUACCUAUAUGGACAUAUGCUUGCGGCCUUUUGAGAGUGAUAUGCCAAAUCUGGAGAGGGAGACCUGGGUACCUCACAGGGAAGGCUUCGUCCCUUUGUUGCCCAGCCUCACCUUCCAACUUUCACCUCUCACCUCUUCUUCGGACACGUGCAAUACAGAGGCCAACUCUGACCUUUGAACUCUUGAGAGUGCACAUUGGCUGCGCUCGCUGCUGUAAUGGAGGCUCAUCCUGGUCUCUCCCAGUUUACCCCCGUGCUCCCAGUAGCCUUGUUGUUGUGGUUGUUGUGCUCCUGCUCCCCUGAUCUCAGCUGUGGAUUUUUUUCCUGGUUGUAAUAGUCUCAACAUGGCCAAGCCCAAACCAAUCUUCCUGCGUCAUCAUGUCCUUUACAAGAAAACAGCGUCAAAAAGAUUAAAGGAGAUGGUGAGCAGGUGUUGGUUUGGAUUUGAAAAUGAUGAAUACUUGUAUAAAUGGCAGAUCCCACCACACGUUACCCCUCUACCGGUUAUGCAAGGUAUUACUCAUUUAUCUCUGUAUAUAAAAUGGAUGACUUAUGUUUUUUAUAGAAAUAUUAUAUAUAAAUAUAUAUAUAUAAAUAUAUAUAUAUUGGGAAUAUAUAUGGAAAACAAUAUAAUAUUGCUGUAUGAAACCCAAUGCCCUGUAUUCAAUAGUGACUGUUCUCUCUCUCUUUCUCUUUCUUUCUCUUUCUCUCUGUGUCGGACCUUCGUGUGUCUUUUGCUGUAUGCUGUGCGUGUGUGAAUCGUUGGUGGGAGGGACUCACUAAGGGAGGUGUGUGUUUCCACAAGGACUCUUCACAGGUUCAUGGGUCCAAUAUCAGACUUCUCUCUUUGCCUCUUCUCCCAUUCCUUCUUUUUUCCUUCUCUUCCUUCUCUUUUAACACAAUGUAGCUGUUGCCUCUCCUUUCUCUGCCUCUCUCGCCUUCUGUAUGACACUAUGUAGCCUAGAAUAGAGAGAAUCCUUUAAUAUGAAGUGUGUGUGAGAGAGAGUGUGUGAGAGUGUAUGACUAAAUGAGUCUCUGUGCUUGAGACUAGUAGAUUUCGUGUGAAAAGGCCGGCCCCAGCCAUGCGACCAUGACUUUCUCUGUGGAUGGUAGUGUGACCACUGUAGCUCUUCUCUGUUGAUUCCUUACAUUCUCUCAAAAUCAAACUGUAAACUGCUGCUCAACAUCAGCCAAUGAAAUCCACAUGAAACUGCUCCACGUGACAGACUUGUCUAAUGUUGCUCUGAUUGAGCAGUCAGUACUCUUGGCUCACCAACUCCUCAUCCAAUAAGAACACAGCAAAUGAACCAGUGAAGUGCUGGAUGGGUGUACAAUCUUUUUCUUUUUCUUUUUUUUUAAAAAGUUUUUCCAAGGUGUCUAAAAGGUGUAACGUGCUAUGUGGCAGCUAUGAGUACUGUGUCUUUAUUCCAGGUGUGAAACAAUGCUGACAAAUCAAGAUUUUAUUAUUUGGCUAUUUAAAAAGAAGUGUAAUGUAUUUAUGACACUAUAUAGACAUAAGUAAAGCUGUUUUUUAAAGA